UAAAUAGUUCAGAUGAUUUAAGCAGCAGCUCCUGACAGCUGAGAGCUCGAUCAUGAUGGUUUCUGAUAGUUUGUACUGUACGCUGUGGAUGUUAUCGUUUUUUGGCCAGUAUUUAGGGGAAGACCUGCAGUUUUCUGGUCCGGCUAAUGGAGCAGUAGGAGGAAGUGUGGUGUUCGCUCCUGAUAACCCACCCUCCACAUCAAUUGAUGCAGUUCAGUGGCAUUUUGGAUCAACUCUUAUAUUGACAGCACAGUCUGAUUCAACUGUAAUAGUCUCAGCAUACAGAGACAGAGUCAGUUUUGACAUAAACACUCUCGCUCUGGAGCUUUGGAACCUGAGACUGGAUGAUUCUGGAAUAUACAGACUAACUGUAGUAACUGGUGCUGGAGACCAACUUACAGGAGAAACUUCACUACAAGUGUUCGAAAGAAUAACUAAUGACAGGCUUAUUGGUCCAGAAGAAUCAUUAAUAGAGGGAGAAUCAUCUGCUAACAUCAGCUCUGAGGGAACUGGCAGCAUCACCUCUGUGCAGUGGAUGAAAGAUAACAGUCCUCUGUCUCCUAGCAACAGCAUCAUCUUCUCAUCUGAUAACAGAUCAGUGUCCAUCAGUCCAGUGCAGAGAUCAGACAGUGGAGAAUAUCAAUGUACAUAUAGAAACCCUAUUAGCUCUGAGACGGCAAUACUCAGCCUGAUCAUCAACUAUGGACCAGAAGAUGUUUCUAUUAAGGACACAUUCAUCAUAGAUGAGACUGACUUCACACACAGUGGAGAUUACAUCUGCACAGCCUGGAAUAAUGUCACAAAGAGAAGCGCCACACAACAACAUGCUUUACUAGUUAAAGUAGGAGGAGGAGGAGGGCUGUCAUCAGGGGCGAUAGCUGGGAUUGUCAUUGGGGUUUUAGUGGCAGUUUCAG